AUGUCCGACGUCCCACCAACCGAGUCCAUUCCCAAACCAGAGGAACCUAAAGAACCACAACAGUCUCCUCAGCAACCUCAGUUCCAGCAAGUACCUCCGAAUUACUACCAAUUUCCACCUCAAGGUUACUACCCACCACAAGGCUUCCCGAACUACCCUCCUCAGCCUAUGCCUUACUUCCCCAACCCUUGGUUGUUCCAGCAAGCUCCACCCCAGCAAUUCCAAUUCCAAUCUCAGUCCAAGAGAGACCAAGACUUCGAAGAAGGUCUGAACCGCUUACGCAAAGAGUAUGCUACAGCUCCAAUUGAGAGAAAGUUGUUCCCGGACCAAAAAAUAUAA